UCCCCACCUCGGCCUUGGCGGAACAAAUCUAUCAACAGAAAAGACCAGGAAUUUCUAGCUCGAAUCUCGCGAUGCUACAGAUUACUCUCGCUGUCGCGGGCUUGAAGAACUGCGUUUGGCUCUCCCUCUGUCAGAGGUUCUGGCGGCCUCUUCGAUGGUGACUGGAGCGGAGUAGUUUGGCGCUAGGGUGAGCGCGGGCUUCGAGGGGGCGGCGGUCAGUGGCAGGACGUUUCAGGGGCCUUGCACGGUGCAGGGAAACUGGGAGUGGGGUGCUCCGUUUCUCAGCUGGCACUCCACAGGACCGCAUGCGAGUUCAGAGGCAGCCGCUCCAGAGAGCUCUAUGGGGUGUUAUGGCAGCUUACUGCAAGAGGGUCCUACUACUACUACUUGCUUUUCAAGGACUCCUAAGAGCAAGUGCUUAUGAGGAAGAAGCUGUACCUGACGAAUGGAUUCUGCUUCGUAUGUUUCAUGGUCACAUUGGUGGUGGAAACUACAGCUACCUAAGGCUAACUCAUGAAGGGAAGAUAGUGCUUCAGAUGCAGAGUUUAAAAGGUGAUGCAGACUUGUAUGUUUCUGAUGCGACCCUUCACCCCAGUUUUGACGAUUAUGAACUGCAGUCUGUAACUUGCGGCCAAGAUGUGGUUUAUGUGCCAGCACAAUUCCGCCGCCCAGUGGGAAUAGGGAUUUAUGGCCAUCCUUAUCACCUGGAAAGUAAAUUUGAAAUGAAAAUAUACCAUGACCCAACAGUUGUACAAUCUCCAUUUGGUGGCGGCUCCUACAAUCCAGAGGAUAUGGAUUUGAACCAGAAGCAGUUCCCUGCAACAGAAGAUGAGUCUCAGGAUGAAGAAUCAGUCUUCUGGACUAUUCUAAUUGGAAUACUAAAAUUAAUACUUGAAAUUCUCUUUUAGAUUUAAAGCUUAGAUGUCUUCAAGUGUGAACAAUGUAGACAAUUGAAUGAAUGCUAUUCUGUGAACAUUAGUACUAACUGGUACUUUCUUUGCCAGGGAGGGGGAAAUAAAGCCAUAACUAAUUUUGUAUUAUAAACUUUUCCAAGAGGUACACUGUAAAGGGCACAGUAUUUGUACAGUUUUCCCUUAACUGAUCAGGGUCAAAUAUAAGUGAUUAUUACAGCUCACUGUGAUUUUGAAAAAAAAACUGUUUUUUAUACAAAAUUUAAAAAUAGUAGAAAGACAAAUUUCCAUGCAGUGUUUCAACACAUUUCAAUUAUAAAUACCAUGAAACUCUUCCAUAUAAAAGAGCAAGUACCAUUUUUAAAUACCAGCAGCAUUUGGAAUAUGAAAGCCAUUUAAAUAAGGCUGCUUUCAUACAAUGUCCUAAAAUGGAAACUAUGGGUUGUACUCCUUUUCUUGCAGUUAGAAUGGAGCAGCUUUGUAUAUCUUGGCCUGACCAAAGUAAGCUCUACAUCUUUUGCUGUAAACGUUAAUUGCGUCAUAAGAGAUUUGUACCACUUGAGAGAAUUGUUUCUUGGAAAGUGUUGGGAGUUGCUGUUAAGUAAAGAAGUACUGUCAGAAAAUAGUAAUUGCCAACCACUGAUCCAAUCCUUUUCUUUGAGCAGGACAGAGAGCACAAGUGAUUGCUAUGCAAUAAAUAUGUAUGUGAUGCAGUGACUGCUGUGUAGCAGCACUGUAUCUAUGAGACAAAUGAUACAUUUACAGAAUUGACACAAUCACAUUUCUUCUGCGUGGGAUUGUCAAGCAAAGCUACUGGAAUAGAAUAUAUCCAAUAAUCUUCCCCAUCCUACUAAAAUUAAAAACUUUAUUUGGUGAAAAAA